UUGAUACGCGAACUGCGAGAUCGAGAACGAGGCGUACACUAAAAGCGCCAAGAAAUUGAAAGCCACAGUAAGAUGGGGCUCGCAAGUGAAGCUACCCUAGUAGAAACAGUUGUUGAAGUGACCCUUCUGUUGUUUUCCUGUUGUGGGACUGUCCUGGCAAACAUCAUGGUACUUAUUGUUGUGGCUACAAAAGAGAAACUUCAGGCUCCAACAUACUUCUACUAUUUGAGUCUGGCUGUCUCCGAUUUUAUUUUGGGUGUGUUUUGCAUACCGCUAGUAAUAGCGGCAUUCGUUUUGCACCGUUGGCCAAUUGGAGACAUCUUGUGUCAGUUAUACGCUGUUCUCAUCAGCGUGUCUGUGAACUGUUCCGUUGUGACGCUGGCCAUAAUCAGUGUGGACCGUUAUUUCGCCCUCUCAAAACCAGUGGAGAGCAGAGCCCAUCUGACCUUCACCAAACGACGCUACAAACUGAUCAUUAUCGCCAGCUGGCUGCACUCGGUGUUCUGGGCCAGCGGUCCGUUAUUCAAAUGGGGAAGCACAAAGUUGGACGAGUUUACACACACUUGCAAACCCGACUGGGGAGGGGAAGGGCUGGCUAAUAAAACCUACGCAUUGUGUUUGGCGUUUUUCGCCUUCGCAGUGCCAGUCGGCGCAAUGAUAUACGCCUAUUACAAGAUCUAUUGCAUAGCAAGGGCUUCGAAGAGAGCCGCAGCUCGUUAUGAUCCCCAAAAGGAAGAGUCACCGCAAGGUGAGCGCGUUCCACUGAAAGAAAGCACUGCUACAAAACACACACAUGCUGCUGCAACUGCUGACGACAACAAAGCCCUGAAAACGGUCUUGUUGCUGAUUGGUUCAUUCGCUGCCUGCUGGUCGAUCUACACCCUAGCAACCGUCUGGAGGAUAUUGGCGUCAAAUUCCGUUCCCCCGUGGAUUGUUCGCGUUGGACUGGUACUUACUCUCUGUAACUGCUGCAUCGACCCGUUCAUAUAUUCAAUCCGAGAUGAGAAGAUGAAACGAGAAAUCAAGGAAAUGAUCUGCAAGAUUCUGUGCAGAAACACAUGAAAUCAUUAUCCUAAACACUACUUACCAAAGGAUAUUGCACUAUUUGAAGACUGUGGUCUACAGGCAUUAGAGAUUUGCCUGCAUCUAAAGCCAAAUCUAUUGAGAAAUUACAGAGUUGAUCAUGUCAAAAUUGUUCGCGCUCCUUUUGAUUUUCCUUUCUCCAGCUAUAAUCCCUAAGAACCUGCCAGUCGAAUUUUAAAAAUAGUGAUAACUGUUUAGUCUUGUACCCAUACCUUCCAUGGCCAAGCGGUUGUAAGUUCCCUAGAUUUACAAUUACACGGUAGGACCUGGGUACGAGGUUAGUAAAUAGAGUAAGGAUGAUGGUCUUUUUUUGAGUUGUUUUCUUAAAUUUUUUAUGUUCUAAAAUGCACCUGGCCCAAAAGAACUAAGCUUUAGGGAAGAUUGUUAAACUAAACUGAAUAUAACCAUGCAUGCACUCUUUUAAGACAUCUUUAGAGCAGAGAGUAUAAAGAAGGCAAGGCAAGGCAAAAAAGCAUCUUUUGAGCUCUUCAUGUAUCUCAACACGUGAAUCUUCAUGCAUUCACUGGUUUGAAUCAGAAAUGAGUGUUGUUCUUGGAGACUGGUUAAAUAUUCCUUUUGCCACUGUACCCUGAAAUUUUUCAUCAUCUUUUGAUGGUAUUUCGCUCGUCUUGAU